AUGGUGGUAGCAUACGCGUAUGGAAUCAAAAAACCAGCUAUUUUUACAACAAACAAGGCGAUUGCAGCAAUAAUGCCAUCGUACACCAUUCCCCUUUUCUUUUUGAACAUAGGGUUUCUACAGAGCACAAUUCCACUCUUUACACGUGGGAGAAUACUAAAUGAAGCAAGGAAAAGAACACUCAAAUUGUGUCUGGACGAGGCAGAGAUAAACGUGGACAUAUUUGAGAACAGCAACGGAUCAAAGACUGCUUUGAAUGUUGUAUUGGUUCCAGGAUUGCAUGGAACAUCAAGAAGCAGAUACGUUGUUGAUGCAGCAAACUUCAUGCUCAAGAAAUAUUGCAGAGUAUUCGUAAUACAUGCUAGAGGAGUACUUGGUCUACUCAAAUCAAACAGAUACUCGCACGUAGGCCAUACGGAAGACCUACUUUGUUUGACUGAACAUAUCAUUGGAUCAUACACAAAUCAGGUCUUCUUUAUUGGAUUCUCCCAGGGAGCAAACGUAGUCACAAAAUUCCUAGGCGAAUUUGAUAGCAGUCGAAUUGUAGGCGGUAUAAGCGUAUGCAACCCAUUCAACUUCAAGAACCUAGAGAAUCUGGUUCUGACUGGUGGAAUAUGCAACAGAAUAGGACACAGGGCAGUGGUUUAUGUCCUAAAGAAGCAUCUACAUGAAAUAUUUCCAAACAACCUGAAAUUCAACAUGGAACAAACAAGGAUAUCAAAACUAACGACAUGCACAGAGGUCACAGCCAAGUUGAUUGAGAUGGAUUUCAUUGAUACGACAGAUAUUGAGACAUUUUUGCACCAGAACUCGUCUGAGUUCUACAUAGAAAAGAUAAAGAAGCCGUUUCUGUUCAUUAAUGCAGUGGAUGAUCCAAUAAUACCAGAAGGCGUGAUUCCAAAGCAGAAAAUACUGAAGAACAGUAUGACUGGUCUGAUUACGCUGCAUGGUGGCCAUCUUGGAUUCAAGUCAUUCUUUAUGACUAGCACCCUGGAAACAAUAAUGGACCAAUUUGCUAAGCAACUUAAGCUGUUUUAA